AUGUCUCUCUCGGCGAGCAUGCCUCUGUUUGGGGGCUCUGAGGCAGAAGAAGGCGGGUGUGCCUACUACGGAGAUGCGGACUGUCCAUCCUUGGCUGCCUACUUGUUGCAGUUGCUGCACUGGUGGCUGCAAGUUCUACUGCAGCUGGGGAUAAAGAGCAGCAGCUACGUGGGAGCCUCCGUCUUCGCCUCUCUCUCGCGCAUGCCUUCUCAGCUCCUGCAGAUAUGCGUGUCGCUGGGAGGCGCCCUCCUGCUCGUCCUCCUGAUUUCGCUCGUCUACUGGCACUGUCGCGUCAGCCGGUACAACACCCCCAGCACUCCGAGGGGCCCCCAGGGGCCCCCCCUGCGGCACCCCGUGCAUGCAUGGGAUGGCUUUGCUUCGGCGUCCAGCCCCAAAUACUGCUGCAUGUGCAGGGAGCUUAUUUCCGGCUUUCUGAUCUACAGAAACAAGGGCUGGGAAUGCUCCAUCUGCCGACGCGCCUGCCACGCAACCUGUCUCGCUGCAUGCGACUCUCUGCCCUGCAAAACGCCCGCAGCUCCAGCCGCCGCGGCAGCCGCCGCCUUUUCUGCGGCUCCCGCGCUGCGACAUCAACUGGUGGAGGGGGCGCUCGCUGCCGACGCCGUUUGUUGCUGCUGUGGGCUUGCAUGCAGCAGCACCUUCGGCUUGGAUGGCAUGCGGUGUCUGUGGUGCGCGCGCACUGUCCACUCAGAGUGCCUUUCCCUCUUGCCAGCUGUCUGCGACAUGGGGUCGCUCCGCCUGCUGAUGCUCCCCCCCGCCGCCGUAACGCCUCUCCUUUCCGCCGCAGCCAGCCCUCACGUGCUCCUAAGGCUUGCUGCCGCGCUCAGAGAGGGGGGGGGGGUGGUUGCUGCCAUGAGGGGCCUGCGCAGCAUGGGCAUGCUGCUGCAGCAAAGCGUCUCACGUCAGAUGAAGCGCAUCAAUGCCUCCCUCAUGGGGUCCCUUAGGAAUGCACGUGGCGGCAGCGUCUCACAGCAGCAGCAGCAGCAGCAACAGCAGCAGCAGCAACAAGAACAGCAGCAACAACAGCAGCAACAAGAACAGCAGCAACAAGAACAGCAGCAACAAGAACAGCAGCAACAAGAACAGCAGCAACAAGGACAGCCAACAAGAACAGCAACAGCAGCAUGUUGCAACACUUCAGCAGCUCCAACUCCUGAGUCUGCUUCUGCAGAGACGGGGGCGUCUGGCACAGGAAGCACCAACAGCGCGGAUGUCGAGACAGCGGCUUCAGACGCUGCCGCUGGAGCAACACCCCCGCUCCCCCGGUGUAGCGACACCUCCAACCCUGCGACUGCAGACUCCGUUGCCUCUGCGUGCUGUUCGGAGUCUCAACAACAACAGCAACAGCAGCAGCAGCUGACGCCCUCAUAUCUGAACCAGCUGUCUUUGCAGCAGCACAGACCGCAGGAUAUCUUGAGAGCCUUGGGAAAGCAUCUUGAAGGCUUCAGAGCGCUCGCUGGGGGAACCGAAAGCAGUGGCAACAGCGGCGCCAGCAGCUGUCCAUACACCAGCGGCGAUAGCGACAGCAGCAGCAGCAGUGGCGGAUACAGCAGGAGCUCGAGUCGCCGUCGUUCAGCCUCCCCUCCCGAAUCUCCAGAUGCAGCGGAUGCUUCUUCUGUGCGCGAUCCAGUCGCAUCCCCCGCAGUCCAUGCAGAGGAACGCGCCGUGAAGAGGCUUUUUGCUUCCGCCUCGAAGGAUGAAGCCAGCAGCAGCAGCAGCAGCAGUAACAACGGCAAGAAAGCGCGCAUCGCGCAGCUGCAGCAGGCACUGGCGGAGAUCCUCCCACCCAAGGCUCCCGUUGUAGAUAUCCAAGCGGAAGAAGGUCCAGAGCGUGCGCUGCAUCUCUUUAGGCCCCUCGCGCUCAGAAGGAGACUGCGCGUCUUAGUGUGUGGGGGAGACGGCACUGUGGGGUGGGUUAUUGAUGCCAUACAGAAGGUGUAUCGCAUUCCCCAGAAGGAGAACGCCGACUCUCCUGCGAGAUUGCAGAACCUCGAUGACUGCGGGGUUGCCAGCCAGAAGAAGCAGACUGCGCAGCAGAGCUUGCCUUCUGCUUCUCAGAGUAACGCCCCCUCAGCCACCACUACUACUGCAACUGCUACUGGUGGUGGUGGCGAAUCUGAGGAGCAGCAGCAUGAGCAGCAUGAGCAGCAUGAACAUGAGCAGCAGGAGCAGCAGGAGCACCAGCAUGAGCCCCAGCCUCUGUUCUUGCAGGAGCAGCAGAAGCAGAAACAGCCUUCCGCUUUUGUGCCGGUGGCAAUUUGCCCCUUAGGAACCGGAAAUGACUUGAGCAACGUCUUAGGCUGGGGUAUGAGUUUUGACGGCGAUAUUGUAGAGCAUCUUCUGAAGAUCCGGAGGGCAGUUCCUUCAGCCCUGGAUAUAUGGAAUGUGGAAGUGUCUGGAAGCAGUGGCCGUCUUGUGAGCAGCACAUUCUCCAACUAUUUAGAUGUCGGUGUCGCUGCUCGCAUUGCCCUCAAGUUUCACAGACUGCGGGAAGGCAAUCCCGAGCUGUUUCAGUCGAGACUCGGAAAUAAAUUUCUUUAUGGCGAAGUUGGAUUCAGAGACUUUUUGGGGUCUCGUGCUGCUUCCCUUGAAAUUCAAGCCCUUUUUUGUGAUGGGCAGGAGGUUCCACUGCCGCCUCAAGGAGUCGAGGGCAUUUGCAUCGUGAAUAUUCCGAGUUUUGCAGGGGGUGUCAUGUUGUGGGGCGACGCGGAGCCUCAGCAGCAGCACGUGAUGCUGCCUCACGAGCCACACCACUACACCAACCCCCUCCACCACCACUCGCGCAUGACGAGUUUUAGCCGCGGAAUCUCCUCGGAUUCGUCUUCUUCAGCCAUGGAGGUGGACAGACAGUGGCGAAGGCACUGUCACACACACAAGCGUCGGCGUGGUGCAGCCGCGGGAGGUGCUGCUCCUGCAGCUGCCAAAGCUUCCCGCGCUGAUUUCUGCACUGCCGCUUCUGCUCCUCCAAGCCCUGGACAGCAACGAGCUGCUGCAGCAGCUCACAACCCCCUCUUUCUGCCUCCACCCGUCUUUAGACAAAGCAGCAAAAGAAAGACACGUCCAAGCUGCCCUGCUCUGCGUGCCUUCCUCAUACCGCACACUUCACAGCACCCGCCAACAACGGCCCCUUCCGCCAACCGUAUGUACAUACAUAGUAGUAGUAGCACCCCGAGGGAAUUUUUUGUACGGGCUGCUGCUGCGCAUGCAGCAGCACCGUACGAAAAAGCCCCCCAAUGCGCCUAUAAUAGAGACAUGCACACACACACCAAAGGCCCUUCGGUGCCUAUGCCUCAAGAUCUUUCGGCUGCACAAAGCGCCGGUGCGUGCCUCUAG